AUGCCAUUCUCGCAUCACAGCCACUCAGGCCAGUUCUGCCCUGGCCACGCAAAAGACUCUCUAGAGGAAGUCAUCCAAACAGCAAUCAGCAAGAAAAUGCAAGUCUUUUGCCUGACAGAGCAUAUGCCCCGCCACAAAGAAGACUUCUACCCUGAAGAGAUCGAAGCUGGCCAAACAGAGGCCUGGCAAGUGGUUAACGAAGCUGCCUACUGGGAAGAAGCCCAAAGACUCCGCGAAAAAUACGCCUCCCAAAUCAAAAUUAUCAUCGGCUUCGAAUGCGACUGGAUUCGACCUGAAUCCAAAGAGCUCAUCGAUCGCUCACUGUCUCGCUUCCCAUUUGAGUUCUUCAUUGGCUCCGUCCACCACAUGCACACCGUCCCGAUCGACUUUGAUCGGCCGAUGUACGAGCGUGCGCGGGAACUUGCAGGUGGCACAGAUGAGCGCUUAUUCGAGGACUAUUUCGACGCUCAGCUGGAUAUGCUAAAGGACCUGAAGCCUCUAGUUGUGGGGCACUUCGAUCUUAUUCGUCUGAAGAGUGAUGAUAUGGAGCGCAGCUUUACCACAUGGCCUGGUGUUUGGAGCCGGAUUCUGAGAAACCUGGACUUUAUUGCCUCCUACGGGGGUAUGUUGGAGCUUAAUGGAGCUGCGUUGAGGAAGGGUAUGACGGAGCCAUAUCCCAAGGCCGAGAUUUGCAAGGAAUUUUUGGUUCGGGGAGGUCGCUUCUGUCUUUCGGAUGACAGCCAUGGCGUUGAUCAGGUCAGUUUGAACUUCCACAAGGUGCUGGAAUUCCUGGAUCGCACGGGCAUCUCGCAGCUGCACUACCUGCAGAUGGCGGAUGGAUCAGUCCAGUUCACUGCGCCCGAUGCGCGUUUUCCGCGCACUCUGAUUGCCUCGAUCUCCCUGGAGGAACUGAAAAAGAUGGAAUUCUGGGGAAAUGCAUAG